AUGAGCGAUUCCUCAGAAGACGACCAACCCUUCAACCUUCGCGACUACGACGACGAAGAGUCUGACGAUGAGCGACCACAUAAGAGACGGAAAACAACAAAGAUUCUGCGGAGUCGAGGGCUAGGGUUUGUCAAAUCUACCGGUCAAGAAGAGGGGCAAGACGGUGCAGAAGACAAGGACGAUGAACAUGAAGAACAAGACGUUGACGAUGAAAGACCCUCCAUGGGCAUGGGCAUGGGCAUGGGCAUGGGUGGAUUCCGAAGCUCGUUCAAUAUAGGCGAAUACAACGACGAGGAAGCAGAGCCAGAAAGAGCCACGCCGCCGGCGGACAUGUCUCCCCAAAGGCAGUCAGAGAAGACGCGCCGCAUGGGCCCUUCAGCGUUCGGUGUCGGCGGACGCAUGAACAAGAACUCCUUUGCGGCGCGAAUGAUGGCCAAACAAGGCUAUGUCGAAGGCCAAGGUCUAGGAAAAUCGGGUCAGGGGAUCACAGCACCUAUCCAGGCCAAAGUGCUGCAGAGUCGGGCGGGCCUGGGUCAGGGAAGCGGAACGCCCGAUCCUCCUCGCAGAAGACAAGACGGAGGAAAAGAAAAGACGUCUUCCAAAGCCUCGACGCCCGGCACCAGCACACCACGGAUCAGGGCCCCCCCCAAGGCCAAAUAUGCCGUGGCAGCGAUCGAGUCGAGGGGUCUCCACGUCCCCGAAGCCAUGAAGCAAAUUAUUGUCGAUGCCACGGGAGCUGAAACCAAGACCGUGACCUCUUUAUCAGGCUUCUCAACUCCGACCAGAGAAGCCUCGCCGUCACCUGCUCUCGAAGCGGCAAAAGCCACAUCCCGGAUCAAGCUCCAAUUGCAGGCCUUUGCCGACGCGUGGGACUCGACCAAGGACCAGGAAAGUCAUCUCGAGCAGGAGGAAAUCCAGCUGGGCGCCGCACUGGCAUUGCAUGAGGAAGAGAUCCAACGCUACAACGACAUCAUCUCCGCCUUUGAGCGAGUUAACGUGGACGACUCGAAUGAGCCCCGCGACUGGGACGCCUGCAUCUCUCGCUUGCAAGAGAUUCAAGUUCGCUCAUCCCUCUACAUCACGGAGCUUUCACUCCCCGAAAUUACCGCUUCCUGCCUCGAAACACCCUUCCGGCGCGAGAUGGUGGAUUGGGAUCCUCUGUCUGAGCCUACUCACCUAAUAGACUCCCUGAAGUCGAUCGAGCAGCUCCUGGAGAUUGAAAAGUCAAAGUCCUCCCGCCACCGCAAACGAACGACAUACUUUGAGUCGUUGCUCUUGUUGCACUGGUACCCGCGCAUCCGUACGGCGUUGUCCAAGGAAUGGAACAUCUACGAUCCAGACCCGGCGUAUAAUUUGAUCGACGCCUGGACGCCACUCCUCCCUCCUUUUCUCAUCUACAAGAUCCUGCAUGAGGCGGUGAUCCCACGAUUAAUCGAGGCCGUCAAACGAUUCCCCAAGACGCUGGACUCAGGCACGUCUGGUGCGGAUCGAAGCAAGAAGUCUAGCAGAGCUCCGGACAUGCACACCUGGCUCUUCGACUGGUGGACCCUCAUCUCUUCGGAGAGCCUCGACCUCGAGCGUUUCCCCGAACUCAAGUCCCUGGUCAAGUCCAAAGUCGACGCCGACUCGUGGGCGCACUGGAAGCCGCUGCUCGGGUCGAGGAAACCCAAGCUGCUCCCGUCAGCAGCCACACCGACCACACAACACACCGCCGCGUCCACCACGGCCGGGCUCGACGAGGCCAUGGAGGAGAUGACGUUCCGAUCGCUCGUCGAGGACUGGUGCUCUGAGCACAACCUCCUGCUGCAGACGUCGCACAAAUCCGACGCCUUCGGUCGCCUGCUCUACCGGCUGCAGGACGCCGAGCGGCGCAAUCGCGGCAUCCUGGUGUAUUUACAGGACGACGUCGUGUUCGGGGCUGACGACGGAGAGCCGUACGCGCUAGACGAGCGGUUGAUCGCGAAGGCGAGGGGGAAGUAA